AAGCAAAAUAAUAAGAAAAUAGGAUUACUAGACUCUGAUCUCAAUAUCCUCCAAUACCCAUUUCUUCAGCAACACUCGAAUAUAUAAUAUUACUUGAGUCAGUAUCAACCCCCUCCCCCACCUGUUUCUUUCAUCCCAGGCAAAGUUUUCAGCUUCCAGCUUUCAGCUUUCAUCUCAGGUACAUGCCAUUUUGCCCAUUUUACUGUAAAGAUAUCAUUUGAAUUUCCAUAAAUCCACAUGUUAAAUCAUCUUGUUCUCAGAAAUUCAUAUGGUAUUCAUGAUUUGUUAAGAGUAGUUCUAGAACUGUGACUACUGCCGCUGUUCUUUCUGCUGAAGGGAACAAACAACCUUAGAAUUUUCAAAUUCAGUCUUGGAAGAAGGACAGAGAUGCGAAAACCAAACAUUUUUAUGAUGAAGUUUGGGGCUCGCAAGCCAAUCUUUAUACUGCUGAUCUUUGCCAUUCUCAUCUCUGUUGCCACCUUCUCCAAAUUCUACUCCCUCAGAUCACUUUUUCUUGCUGACACCUUCUGCAACCGAGUGAACCAUGUGAUCAGCCAAACUGGAAAUGGAAGAGAAGUCAGCAGGAUUACCAUCCAGACAGUAAUUCAGAAAAUCCAACAGGAAAUGAGUACGAUGAGAGAUAUGCGGACUGAAUCAUCCUCUGCAGCAUCUCUGUUGAGACACAGUGCUUUUCUUGCUGACAUCUUGGGGCUUGUCGAGUCGAUGCAGGCGUCUUUGCCAUUCAGUGAAGAAGCUCAUCAGCGGAACAAACCCAAUGAGCCUGCUGAUUAUUUCUUCAUUGAAGAGAUUCGUAAGUAUGUCAAAAUGAAACCCAACAGAUUAGGAAAACAGAACUUCAUGGGAGCCAAUGGAACUUUCACUAGCAUUGGCCACGCUUGUUUUGCCAUGAAGAAAGAGAUCGAAGAAUACAUGGAUUAUGAUGUUGGUGAUAUCUGCAAUGAUGACUGGAAACUAGCUCAAAAGCUGAUGGUUCAUGGCUGCGAUCCGUUACCAAGGAGGAGAUGCUUCUCCAGAGCGCCGCAGCUAUAUGGCAAGCCAUUUCCCAUCAACGAGUCAAUGUGGAAACUCCCUGACAGCAGAAAUGUCCGAUGGAGUCAGUAUCGAUGCAAGAACUUCACUUGCCUGGCAAGAAAUUCCUCCGGCAAGGGAUUCUUCAAAUGUGCAGAUUGCUUCAAUCUUUCUUCCCACGAAGUCCCCAGAUGGAUUCAACAUGUAAACUUGCAGCCCAAUGCGAAUCUGACCACUGCAGAUUUCCUUAUACCUGAAGUGCUUGGUGUCAAGCCGGGAGAGAUCAGAAUCGGAUUGGAUUUCAGUGUUGGAACAGGGACUUUUGCAGCAAGGAUGAGGGAGUUCAAUGUGACAAUAGUCUCAGCAACUAUCAAUCUAGGGGCACCCUUCAGUGAAAUGAUAGCUCUUCGAGGACUCGUCCCUCUCUACUUGACAAUAAACCAGCGGCUCCCAUUCUUCGAUAACACACUGGAUAUGAUUCACACCACAAGAUUUCUGGAUGGCUGGAUUGAUUUUGUGCUGCUGGACUUUAUAUUGUAUGAUUGGGAUAGAGUUCUAAGGCCUGGGGGUUUGCUGUGGAUUGACAGCUUUUUCUGCUUGAAAGAAGAUCUGGAUGAUUACAUAAAAGCCUUCAGGAUGUUAAGGUAUAAAAAGCAUAAAUGGGCUGUGGUUCCAAAGCUGGAUAAAGAUGAUAGAGAGGUGUUCUUUUCAGCUGUACUGGAGAAGCCACCUCGACCUUUCAGAUAAGUGUACAUAAAUGGAGAGUAGCAUCCUGCGUUGAGGAUGUUAAUUUUACAUCUUUGAACA